AUAGCUAUAGUUGUUGGUGAGGAAGUCUCUUAACGAAUUAUAUUUGACAAAUGCAGUUCGAAGGCGGGGCUUUUAUUGUUGUUUUUCCGGGACCCCGCUGUCACAAAAAAUGGCUUCUCUUGACAGGGUAAAGGUGUUAGUUUUAGGAGAUUCCGGAGUGGGAAAGUCUUCCUUGGUACAUCUUUUAUGUCAGAAUCAAGUUUUGGGAAAUCCAUCAUGGACUGUUGGGUGCUCUGUGGAUGUACGGGUUCAGGAUUAUAAGGAAGGAACCCCAGAUGAGAAGACCUACUACAUUGAACUCUGGGAUGUUGGAGGUUCUGUUGGCAGUGCCAGUAGUGUGAAAAGCACCAGGGCAGUGUUUUACAAUUCGGUUAAUGGAAUUAUUUUGGUUCAUGAUCUGACAAAUAAGAAAUCCUCUCAGAAUGUUUACCGUUGGUCACUAGAAGCUCUGAAUAAAGACUCCUCGCCAACAGGAGUCAUUGUCUCCAAUGGCGACUAUGAUAGAGAGCAGUUUGCUGAGAAUCCUGUGCCUUUGCUGUUGAUUGGCACCAAGUUUGACCAGAUCCCAGAGAAUAAACGCAAUGAGGUCCUCACCCGAACAGCCUUUCUCUCCGAAGACUUCAACGCAGAGGAGAUCAAUCUCGACUGCACCAACCCGAGGUACCUUGCUGCAGGCACGUCAAAUGCAGUAAAGCUUAGCAGGUUCUUUGACAAGGUAAUAGAGAAGAGAUAUUUUACAAGAGAUCCAAGUCAGAUGACAGCCUUCACAGAUAGAAAGCGGUUCAACUUUAAAAGUUUACACUAUGACUGACAGGACGGGAAUUCAGCAACAGUGGCCUGUGGUUUUGUCAGAAUGCGUGUGGGCUCUCAUACCACAACCAUCACAUUCACUUUCUAGGUCAUUUCCUCUUUGUGCUAAUCAGGCUUCAAAAGUAAAAAUAAAUAAUAAAAAAGGACCAGGGUCAAAGUGUUUAAUGUCAAAAUAUGCAGUUAAAGUCAUCAUUUAAAUCAUUUCCAUACAUUAAAAUGUUUGUUCAUUUUUUGCAUGCAAGACAAUUAUAUCAGUCAGGAACCAAUAUUUUAACUAUACAUCUUCUUUUUCUUUUUUGCUUUAUGGAGCUAUAUUAUUUAUAUUAAGCAUUAAUUAUUAGCAGAAUUUUUUUUGCCCUCUAAAAAGCGGCUUAAGAAGGAAUUCUUCUAUACUUUCAUAAUUUUUUUAAUCCAGGGAAGAAAGAAGUGGAUUUUGGUGAAGACAUGAGGGUACUUGGGAUUACUACAGUCCUUUUGUAAGGUGUAUGCUGUUAAACCCUGGGGUUUCGUGUUGCAGAUGAGUGGUCCUCCAGAAUCUCCCUAGAAAGAAACCAAAUAAUGCAGGUUCUUCAUCAGCCUCCAUGAAAAAACAUACACACAUUCUGUUGUUAGUAGCGUCAUUGAUCUAUCUUGUAACUACUGUUACAGUACAGUACCUGGCAGACCCCUCCUGUCGUUUUUUUAAACUUGGUGCAAAUCAUGUGAUCAGAGUUGAAGUAUUGUUUCCAUAUAUUCUUGCACUCCAUGCUGAAUUGCAGCUUCUCUGUGGUUUCCCUCAGAACGUUUGAAGGAGGCUUGUUGGCUCCAGUUUGGCCCCAGCCGGCAACCGUGCAUUUAAUGUUUGCUGGUAUCUUUCCAUCCUUCUUGGGUAGUUCAAUGGGCUUCACGUAUUUGUUCAGUUUAGCAUGUUGUUUUAACUGAAACGACCACAGAGCAGAAUUAAUGGCAUUAUUCAGGAAGUACUUGCAGGGUGUUUGCUUUGCUUAUGUUCUGGGUUGUUAAUAUUUCAUUAAACGUCUCAAAGAAAUGACUGCAUUUAUGUGCUCCUAAAGGAACAUUUAGGGUUUACAGAUGUACAAUCUUCACUUGUGCCUUUUAUACAAUCUCUAUUUUACCUUAAGGAGCAUGAUGUCAUAAUCGAAAGCUUUGUAGUUUGGGUGUGUAUAGUAACGAGCCACUUGGAUGCGUUGCUGACUUUUUUCUUCUUUGCUUAUGUCAUGUGCUCCGAGUACCACAGUCAUCUCCUGCUGACUUCUGACAAAGAAACAUUUAAUAUAUUUCGUUGUACCUAACGUUCCUGCACCUUAAUUUAAACCAGGCUGUAUCAUCUGAUUAUAAUUUAUGAGGCCAGGGUCAUCUUGAUGCCAACACAUACAGUAGUAGGACUCGGACCACAUAACCUCAUCCCAGAUGUUAUCAUUAAUUGUAUUUUUUAACCCCCAAAAAAAUCUAGUUGACAAAACACGUUAACUUAAAAUGAAUAAAUCAGAUGGGAACAAA